UGGAGAGGAAGGUUUGUUUGCAGUUAUAAAGAAGGAAAGGUUCUGCGAACUACAUAGUCUAAUUUUUAAUAUAAGCCUUCAUUCACUUUUCUUUUGCGUUUUUUGCAACGUCCCAGUUCACUCUCAUACUAUGUAUUUCAACAAAAUACUUAGAAAUUUAGGAGGACAAAAGUGACAAUAGGAAAAGUAAACCGAAACAGAUUUUUUUUAUAUAAAGAUAGAUUCUGGGGUGAUUGUGGCAAAUGUGAUCCAAGCAGGCAUUGUUUCGAUUGCAAAGAAAAGCGGGGGAUGUUAUUCCGUCAAAGAGGGAAGGUGGUCCAUAUAUUCUGGGGUGGAUGUGGCAAAUGUGAUCCAAGCAGGCAUUGUUUCGAUUGCAAAGGUAGAAAUUGUAAUACAGCAGAUAAAUUCAAAAAUGCGUUUUAUUGUUAUGAGGGAGGUGAUGAAGAAAUUGGCAACAGUGUAUGCCAGCAAAAUUAUUGUUAUAUAUAUGUUGAUAGUAACGGUAAAAUAAUCCAGUGUGAUAAAUCCCAUUAG